ACAGAAUCUGCUCGUAAUGGAUCCUCCUCGAGAAGCCGCCAUUUACAAUGAGCGCCACGUAAAAGUCAUUUGCGUGGGCGCCGGUGCAUCCGGGCUGUGCCUCGCCUACAAGCUGCAAAAGACUUUUGAGAACUUUGACCUUACUCUCUACGAGAAAAACCCCUCCGUCUCAGGCACAUGGUACGAAAACCGCUAUCCAGGAUGUGCCUGCGACGUCCCCUCACACAACUACGUCUACUCCUUCGAGCCCAAGCCCGACUGGACUUCCGUCUACGCGGGCUCCUCCGAAAUUCGCAGCUACUUUGAGGAUUUCACCAAGAAGUACGGACUCGAGAAGUUCAUCCGUCUCUCACACCAGGUCACCUCAACCCGCUGGGCCGAAGAAAAAGGGCAGUGGGAGGUCACCGCGACCGACCUCUCCACCGGCGAAACAGUCUCAGACUGGUGCCAUAUCCUCGUACAUGCCACUGGAUACCUGAACAAGCCGGCGUGGCCGGCGAUACCCGGGUUGGAUGAGUAUCAGGGUGUGAAGCUGCAUAGUGCCGACUAUGAUGAGAGUGUUUCUCUGAAAGGGCGCGAUGUGCUGUUGAUUGGGGGACGGUCUUCAGCUGUGCAGAUUCUUCCUGCGAUUCAGCCUGUCGUCAAGAGUGUGACGAUCUUUAUCCGCUCGCCCGUUUGGGUCCUGCCUGAUAUUAGUGUUGAGGCGGGGGAGUUUUCGGCGGAGCAGAUCAAGGACUUUGUUGAGCAUCCGGAGAAGGUGUUGGCGUUGAGGAGAGAGAAUGAGAGGACGAUGAAUAGUAUCUUCACGAUGUAUUUGAAGGAUACAAUCUUGCAGCAGCAGUGCAGAAACCUCCUGGAGUCAGAGAUGAAGAAACUCCUUCAGGACGACGAGCUGGAGAAACAACUCAUUCCCGACUUCGCCGUCGGCUGCAAGCGAGUCAUCCCCUCGGGCUUCAGAUACCUCAAGACCCUCAAAAAGCCCAACGUAACUAUAGUCCACGGCAGUGUAACCUCCUUCACACCAAACGGCUGCAAGACAUCAAACAACACCACACACACCGGCGACGCCAUAAUCUGCGCCACGGGCUUCGACACCUCCUACAUCCCGCGAUACCCCAUCAUCGGCCCGAACGGCCAAAACCUGCAAACAAUCUGGUCCGCACAGCAAGACACCGCGAUAACCGGCUACAUGGGGGUCGGGAUCCCUUCCUUCCCAAAUACUUUCACCAUGCUGGGACCCUACACGCCUGUCUCCAACGGGCCCACGCUUAUCGCCAUUGAAGCCCAGGCAGACUACAUCUGCGCGUUUAUCGAUAGAUACACCACUGAGCCAAUCCAUUCCUUUGCGCCGAAGGAGCAAGCAUGCGAGGAGUUCACUGCACAUGUUAGCUCGUUCAUGGCCCGGCAUGCCGUCUGGUCUGACAAGUGCCGCAACUCGCACAAUAACCACCGCGAGGUCGGUGGGCGGACACCAACGACGUGGCCAGGGAGUACGCUGCAUUACCUCGAGGCGAUGAGGGAGGUGAGGGGGGAUGAUUGGGAGGUUCGAUAUACUGGGAAUCGGUUCAGUUUUCUGGGGGUGGGCGUUUCGCAGACCGAGUGGGAGCCUACUGCGGACUUGGCGUAUUAUAUUCGGGAUAGGGAUGAGGGGGGUUCCAGUAUGGGGAGGGGAAUGGCGAGGAGGAAAAAUAGGACGUUGGGGAUUGCGAGAGUGGGGAGUUUGGAGCCGAGAGUUUUGCAUCGUCAGGUAAAGCUUGCUGCUGCUUCUGCAGUGAAGAAUGAGGUUGGUGAUGGGGUUGGUGAUGAGGUAGAGAGAAUGGUUGAGCAAGUUGCUUAGGGCUGUCUCUCUGGUAGAUAACAUAGA